AUGGAGAUCGCGCUGGUGACUCUGGAGAACGGCGGCACCACGGCCAUCGCGGGUGGCGAGGAUGCCGCGGCCGCCGGCGGCCGGGCACGCUGGCGGGGCAACUUGCUACACAUCGCGGGCUCGCCGCAGCUGAGCGACGGCAAGGAGGGAGCCCCGCCGCCCGCGCCGCCGCCGAUGCCACCGCCGCCGGGGGACGAGGAGCCCGAGCGGCCCCCGCCGAGGGACGAGGAUCCGGAGCGGCCCCCGCCGGGUCCCCGCGGGAGCGGCCCCCAGGAGCGGCCGGCGGAGGGACGCGCCCCCCCCGCGCCCCCCCGGCCGCCGCCCCGCGCCCCCCGCCCCGGCGCGGACGUGGGACCCCCGGAGGAGGGGGGACACCGCCGGGGCAUGGCCAUGGCAGCGGCGGGGGACGAGGAGGAGGAGGCGGCGGCGGCGGUGAACCCGGGCGCCAUGCACCACCAGCGGGUGCUGAUCAACAUCUCCGGGCUGCGCUUCGAGACCCAGCUGGGCACCCUCAAUCAGUUCCCCGACACGCUGCUGGGGGACCCGGACAAGCGCAUCCGCUACUUCGACCCGCUCCGCAACGAGUACUUCUUCGACCGCAACCGGCCCAGCUUCGACGGCAUCCUAUACUUCUACCAGUCCGGGGGAAAGCUCCGACGGCCCGUCAAUGUCUCCAUCGAUGUCUUCGCCGACGAGAUCCGCUUCUACCAGCUGGGUGAGGAGGCCAUGGAGCGCUUCCGGGAGGACGAGGGCUUCAUCAAAGAGGAGGAGAAGCCCCUGCCCCGCAAUGAGUUCCAGCGCCAGGUCUGGCUCAUCUUUGAGUACCCCGAAAGCUCCAGCUCAGCCCGGGCCAUCGCCAUCGUCUCCGUGCUGGUCAUCCUCAUCUCCAUCAUCACCUUCUGCCUGGAGACCCUGCCCGAGUUCAGGGACGAGAGGGAGUUGCCUGUGCCCCUGCCUCCACAAGGUGGAGGUUUGAAUGGCACCACUGGGGACUCCCCACCCAUGCAGCCCCCCAGCAGCCUGGCUGACCCCUUCUUCAUCAUCGAGACCACUUGCGUGAUCUGGUUCACCUUUGAGCUCCUCGUGCGCUUCUUCGCCUGCCCCAGCAAGCCCGAGUUCUCCCGCAACAUCAUGAACAUCAUCGACAUCGUGGCCAUCAUCCCCUACUUCAUCACCCUGGGCACCGAGCUGGCCCACGAGCAGCAGCAGCCCGGGGCUGGCAGCAGCAAUGGGGGAGGGGGCCAGCAGCAAGCCAUGUCCCUGGCCAUCCUCAGGGUCAUCCGUCUGGUCAGAGUCUUCAGGAUCUUCAAGCUCUCCAGGCACUCCAAGGGGCUUCAGAUCUUGGGACAGACUUUGAAAGCCAGCAUGAGGGAGCUGGGCCUCCUCAUCUUCUUCCUCUUCAUCGGGGUGAUCCUCUUCUCCAGCGCCGUCUACUUUGCUGAGGCCGAUGACCCUGAGUCUCAUUUCUCCAGCAUCCCUGAUGCUUUCUGGUGGGCAGUGGUAACCAUGACUACUGUGGGCUAUGGGGACAUGAGACCUGUCACUGUGGGGGGCAAGAUUGUGGGCUCCUUGUGUGCCAUUGCAGGUGUGCUCACCAUCGCCCUCCCUGUCCCUGUCAUUGUGUCCAACUUCAACUACUUCUACCACCGAGAGACUGAUCACGAAGAGCAAUCUGUCCUCAAAGACGAGCACAGUAGCGCUCAGGGCAGCACAGCGGGGGCAGAUGCGAAGAGAAGACCCAGUACAAACUCUCUGAACAAAUCUGUUGUGCACUUGGAAAACAGUGAGGAGUUCAACAAUGGCACCAGCUCCAUAGAAAAAGCCACUAUCAAGGCAAAAAGCAAUGUAGAUCUCAGAAAAUCCCUCUAUGCUCUCUGUCUGGACACCAAUAGGGAAACAGACCUGUAAGGAGAGGAGAGAGUUAGAGUUCAGAGAUGUAGAAAGAUUUACUGGUGUCAGAAACUUGCUACUAUAAUUAUUCUUUUAGCACCAGUUAGUUUUUUAAGUCAGGCUGUAUUUUCUAAACUGAUCACUGUCCUGAGCAGUCCUCCAGGAAUACAUGUUUUUAUGUUCUUUUUCCAUGACACAAAGGGUCACCUAUUUUUAAAGUAGACUAAGAAUAAGCUACGCUCCAUGAUGCAGGAGCUGGUAAAUUAUGACAGUAAAAAAUCUAAUUUGUAGAAACUUACUGUAGCAAAUGGUGGUUGGUUUUAAAUGGGGAAUUUGUAACCAAUUCAGUUGCUCCAAGUUUAGUAUUAAAGAGUUCGGGGGGAUGUGUGUGUGGAGAAUGAAUGGACUGGGGGGGGAGGGAGGUUGAGGGCUUUUGUACUGUAGUUUCAAAUUGAAAUAAUUCCAAUAUAUUUUAUAUUUGUAUGAGUGUAUUUAUGGUUGAGAGGGGAUUUCUUAUUCCUGUGAAAUAUGACAUCAUUAAAGCACUAGGAACAUUAGCAGAUCAGCACUUUCAGAGUUUUCCACUUGUGAUCAAUACAGAUCUGGUUAUCCUGUAUGUGAAGUGAAUUUGGUGCUUUGAACCCUAUAGCAGAAAACUUCUGUUGUCUUGAUAUGUUAGUUUCUUGUGAGCCUUAAAUUAUUAAAUAUUGUAGAUAUACUUCUUUAUAAAUAAUUUUAUUACCUUCCUGUUUCAGAAUUUCUAAAUAAUUCAGUCAUGUGCUUACUGUCCCCACCGUGAAAGUAUGUGCAGCUUUUUUUUUUUUUUUUGGUAGUUUUAGAGUUUUAUACCUUUGUUAUAUUUUUGAGACUGAAAGUAUCUUUUCUGUCUGCUGUUACUGGUUUCGGUCCAAGUGCACAACAGAUCAAAAGCAUGAGGGAGUGGACAGACAUAACAAGAAAGUAGAAUAUCAGUGCAAUAUCUGCAAAACUGUUUUCGUUGUAUGCUCCAGGUUACUUUGGCACGUGUAUCAGUCACCUUUAUGUAUGCACACACCACUUGUGUACACAGUUCACUGGUUUUAGUAAUAACAGACUGGGAAUGGAUGGCACUUGAGGAGUCUAACGUGGCAUGCCGUGAUACUUCAAUAACCAUUGCGUGGCUUAUAUCUCAGGCUGGGAUGGAGAGCAUCAUCUUUCAUCAGAACACAUCCUUGUUUGCUUUUUAUUUCCAAACAAAACCUUCUCAGUGCUGUGGAUUUUACAGUUAAGAUGAUGUUGAAGGACAAGUGACACAUUCAUUGUCUUCCUCAGUGUGGUACAGUUUGCUAGUGAAGACUGACACGAAGUUGCUCCUUUAACUCAAAGAGCUGUGUUACCUUUUUUCUUGCAAAGGACAUCUCUGUUUCCCCCUCAAACUCCUGUUUUAUUGCUGAAGGAUGUUCCAUGCCUUUCCCACACACAGUGGCACAGCAAGACUAGCAGAAAAAGAAGGCUUGGUUGUCAACACUCCAGAGCGACCUGGAGCCCUGGCAGUAGCGGUGUUCUCCAGAUGGCUUUUCCACGGCAUCGUCUUCCGUAACACACCAGUGAGCCACGAGACUGAGAUGGAAAUUCCAGUGUGGGGAGGGUGUGAGUCAUGAGAUGAUCCUGACCAUUAGGAAGACACUGCUGCAGAGUCUGAAACCCAACCCAUCUAUCUAUUCCUUAUUCUCAAGAAACCUUGGGUUAGAAGUUGCUGAAAAAUUUCCUUCUGGAUAAAUAACUGUGAUGUUCCCACCAAGCACAUGUUCUCAGUGAGUUGGAUUUCUUCACUGGGAUUGUUGAAACACUGUCCUGCUUGGAGGUCUCUCUUGUAGAGGAAUUGUUCAACUCCACAAAAGGAGUGAUAAAAGUUAAAAUGCUUUGCAUUCACUCCCAGGCACAAGACUUUAUUAUUUGAGAUUCUGUUUGGAAAUAAAUGAGUUCUUGUCAUAAAUUAGGCAUCUUCUACCAUGGUUCUUACAUAUCAAAAUUUCUCAUCGUUCUGGAAGAAGAUUCGAGUGUUUGUUCUCUUUCUUUUCUUGCCAUUCAUCUUUGUUUAUUUAUUUUGUAUUCUUGAGAUGUGCUUCAUCUCUGGAGUUUGUAUUUCUACUUUUAGCGUAAAAAUGCUGUACAUACAAGUCUAGAAUGCAUCUGAAGAUUAGUCUAAUUUUUCAUGUGACUUUGACUUGAACAUUUUUCUGUUUCUGUUUAUAUUGCUAUUUCAAAUAUGUGCAUUACCUGUAUUCUUUAUGCCUUUUCCCCAUCUAUAACUCAAUAAAAUAAUGUCCCUGUUCUGCAGAA